AUGUCUUUGAGCGAAGGUCUUGCACGUUUACGAGCAAUUCGAGGCGGUCAUCGGGCCGUUUUGACGAAAUAUUUGAACGAAUUAGAGGAACUACUCGCUACAGCCGAAAUAUCCGAAGAAUCUCUUAUGCGACUCGAAGUUUUAAAGCAACAAAUCGACGGAAAACAAAGGACAUUAAACGAACUCGAUGCGAAAAUAUUAAACGAGAUAAAAAUUGAAGACGUAGAAAAAGAAAUCGACGAAAGCGAAGCCAUUGACAUUAAAGUUACCGUAGCAAGGGAAAGAAUCGAACGAGCUAAGAAGCAACAUGCGACUCCACAGCAUACAAAUAUUGUCGAAAAUAGUCAAAAUACGAAUGAUCAUGGUGCGGUUGCUAUGGCGACGUCGAGCUCAAAUUUCACGAGAUUACCGAAAUUACAAUUGCCACAUUUUAAGGGUGACGUGACAAAAUGGAACUCAUUCUGGGAUGGUUUCGAUUCAGCAAUUCACUCGAACGGAGCUCUCAACAAAAUAGAUAAGUACAAUUAUUUAAAUUCAUUAUUGGAGGGCCCAGCUGCUAGGGCUGUACAAGGCCUUACACUCACAGAAGCAAAUUAUGAUUCAGCCAUAGAGUUGUUGAAAUCGAGAUUUGGGAAACCACAACAGGUGAUAAGUGCACACAUGGACGAACUUCUGCACCUUCCCAACUGUAAUCCUGACAAAUCGUCAUCACUUCGGUUUGUCUAUGACAAAGUUAGCAUACAUGUGCGUGGGUUGGAGUCGUUAGGCGUGUCAUCAAAGGAGUAUGGUAGUUUGUUGAUACCGAUUGUAAUGACAAAACUUCCCAAUGAUUUACGAAUGAGGAUAGCCAGGGAGACAUCAGGGGAUGUUUGGAAAAUUGAUGAAAUUUUAGAAAUUUUGCGAAAGGAAAUCGAAGCCAGAGAGGCUAGUGAGCGUUUUAAAGUAGCUGAGCGCCAAAAACACUAUGAACCCUCCCCUCGAAAGCCUUUACCAACCAUAGGCAGCACCUUAUUAAGUCAAGAAGAAGUUCAAUUCAAAAUUCGCUGUGUUUAUUGCAAUACCCCUCAUUACUCGGCUUCGUGUCCCACUGUGACAGAUCUGACCAAACGAAGAGAAAUAUUAGUUAAUGCCAAACGCUGUUUCAAAUGUCUAAGGCAAGGGCAUGAAGUAAGAGACUGUCGAAAUCCAAAACUCUGUCGUAACUGUGGGGGGCGUCACCAUCAGUCCAUAUGUAGUAAGGGUUUCCUACCGCGAAACCUUCCAGAGAAGAAUGAGCAGAAUGAGCAAAUAAGAAUGAGCCAAAUAAGGAUGAGCAGAAUAAGGAUAAGGGUGCAGGUAACGUGGGGAGCAAGGACUCUACACUGACUGUGGGUAAUCUAGUAACUAGCAAAAGGCAUGUUUUACUUCAAACUGCUCGUGCAGUGGCAACUAAUGAAGAUGGUUCAAAAACUUGUCCAGUACGUAUUCUCUUCGAUAGUGGUAGCCAGCGGUCAUACCUCACUGAUGAUUUAAAACGAAAAUUGAAUCUGAAUCCAAUCAAAACUGAGACGUUGUAUUUAAAUACAUUUGGCGAUUCCAAACACGAAAGAAAAUCCUGCCAGUUGUUUAAUCUGAACUUACGUGAUCGUGAUAAUGAGAUAACCCCGAUUUGGGCCCUCAAUUUCCCUGUUAUUUGUUCGCCCUUACCAUCUACGGUGGACAUUUUUGAUUAUCAGCAUAUUCGUGGUCUAGAUUUAGCCGAUAGUAGUGAGAUCCAAGACGACCAUCAUAGUGACACUGUUGAUGUCCUGAUAGGGUCGGAUCACUAUUGGAGCUUUAUGUAUGGUGAAACUAUCCGUGGUGAUUCAGGGCCUGUCGCAGUGAGCAGUAAAUUUGGUUGGGUUUUAUCUGGGCAGACUGAGUUAACCAAUGAACGGGGUGUGAGACGAAAGGAGUCAUCAGCAAAUUUAGUCAUUUCUUCCUGUACCGAAGAUUUCCUCAACGACAACGUGCCGCAAAAUGAUCAACUUGUAGACUGUUUGAAACGGUUUUGGGAAACUGAGGCAAUCGGAAUUGCGGACAGUGAUGAUCUUAAGACUAACCCUGUCCCUAACAAUUUUAUCGAAGAUAUUGCGUUUGAUGGUCAAAAUUAUGAAGUAGGUUUGCCAUGGAAGGACAGUUCUUUUCCUGUCUCUAAUGGCUACGACACAUGUUCAAAACGCCUCCAAUCUCUACAUCGAAAACUACAAGCAGAUCCUGUCCUCCUGAAUGAGUAUAACAAGAUUAUUUGUGACCAACUCGAAGCGGGCAUUAUCGAAAGGGUACCUGAAACAAGCGACUCCAGCAACGAAGAAACACGCAUCAAUUUCUUACCCCAUCACCCAGUUAUCCGAAGGGAUAAAGAUACCACCAAAGUUCGUGUAGUCUACGAUGGCUCGGCAAAGGGCUCGAAUGAUGAAAGAUCGCUUAAUGAUUGUCUUCAAACCGGACCGAACUUUACACCACAUGUGUUCGAUAUUUUAGUUAAAUUUCGUUGGAACGCUAUUGGCAUCACUGCAGAUAUCGAGAAGGCGUUUUUGAUGAUAGCGAUUAAGGAAGUCGAUAGAGAUGCACUUCGUUUUUUAUGGUUUGAUGAUCCCAAUGAAUGUCAUCCCAAUUUAACUAUGUUUCGUUUCCGACGAUUAGUAUUUGGUCUUCGACCCUCGCCAUCUAUACUUGGUUUCACUAUUAAGCAUCACCUUGCAAAAUAUUCCCAGUCCGAAACAAAGUUGGUCGAAGUAUUAGAAAAUUCAUUUUACGUGGACGAUCUUAUCACUGGUGAAGAUAGCGUCGAAGAAUCAUUCCAAAUUUACAAGGGGUCAAAACAAAUUAUGGCCACGGGGGGUUUCAAUCUUCGAAAGUGGCAUUCGAAUUCAGACGAACUUCUCGCAAAAAUUGAGUCCAACGAACUUGGUAGUGAGAAACCACCCGACCGUAGCCUUAUGCAAUCUAAUUGCCAAACCUUCGAAGAGGACGAGUCUUACGCUAAGUCGACGACCGGACACAAUACGAUCGAUACAGCUGAUAAUACUGUAAAGGUGUUAGGUGCCAACUGGAAUACAAAGUCGGAUGAAAUAUUCUUCAAUUUCGAAAGGUGGAAGGAAGAAGCAACGUCACUCCCAAUGACUAAACGAUCUUUACUUGUGCUCACAGCGAAGAUAUUUGAUCCCCUUGGAUAUCUUGCGCCUUUGACAAUACUGAUGAAGGUUUUAUUCCAAGUUUUGUGUACGAACAAAGUUGAUUGGGACGAAGAACUAACCGGAGAUUUACUCAAGAAAUUCCAAGCUGUUAUUCGAGAUAUAUCACUUCUUCAUUCCGUGCGUAUUCCCAGAUGUUAUUUUGACCCUAGAUCAAAGCCAAUUAAUGUCGAGCUUCAUGGUUUCAGCGAUGCUUCGAUUCAUGCCUAUUCAGCUGUAGUCUAUAUGAGAUCAGUAUAUGAAAAUGGCACAAUUCAAGUUCGGUUGGUAGCAUCGAAGACCCGAGUUGCCCCGUUGAAACGUCAAAGCAUUCCUCGUCUCGAGCUUCUCGGAGCCCUCAUAUUGGCACGACUUUGUGACAAAAUUAUUAAGGUGCUUGGAGAACUUGUUUGUACCUAUUGGGUUGAUUCAAUGACUGCUCUUUGUUGGAUUCGCAAUGAUAAACUUUGGAAACAAUACGUUCAACACAGAGUUCAUGAAAUUCGUAAUUUAAGUUGCACGUCCGCUUGGCAGUACUGUCCCGGGGUAGUUAAUCCGGCUGAUUUACCCUCUCGAGGACUUGAUGCAAAGGAACUAGCUAGUAACGAGGUUUGGUGGAAUGGUCCACAAUUUCUACGCCAACCAUCGAGUGAGUGGCCAUCAGAGGAUCAAACGAUAGAAUGUAAUGAGGAUGCUAAAAACGAAGAAGUAAAGGCCCCACCAAAAAUUACGCACGUUUUACUCAACCAUGAUCCCACGCAAGCUACAGCGAGAAUCGACAAGGUAAUGACCAUUGAACGGUACGGUAGUUUCCAAAGGUUGUUGAGGGUUACGGUUAUUGUACUGCGUUUUAUCAAGCUAUUAAAGUCGAAGAUAUCGCGAGGACCGCAGGAAAACCGUAACGAAGAUGUUAAAGACUUGAAUACGGCGGAAGUGUUAUGGAUACGUGCUACUCAAAUAUCAUGUUUUCCCGAAGAAAUAAAGUUACUGAGCGAUGCCAGAAAGGACACCACUGGCUCCAGGGAUUCAGCAUCGAAAAUUAUCCAGUUUGGUCUGUACUUGGAUGAGGCUGGUGUACUACGCUCUCGUGGACGAUUGAACGAGUCUUCUCUCCCAUUAGAUAGCAAGAAUCCGAUAUUCCUUCCCAACAAACACCCAUUUGUUAAUCUGUUGAUUCUGCAUAUGCACAACGAAAUCAAACACAGUGGAGUUCGUGACACUUUAACAACUAUAAGAGAGCGGUUUUGGAUUUUACGAGGACGAGAGGUUGUUAAGAAAUUAAUUAGGCACUGUGUUGUUUGUCGAAAGUACGGGGGAAAACCGUUCAAGCCCCAGCCAACUCCAGAUUUGCCAGACUUCCGAGUUUCGAGCGACCCUCCCUUCACUCAUAUUGGGUUGGAUUUCGCGGGUCCGUUUUUCAUCAAAUCGAUGUUUGAAACCAAACCAACAGAAAACGGCGAGUCUAACCCCAACGUUAAAGCCUACGUUCUCUUGAUCACGUGCGCGUCGACCAGGUCAGUUCACAUUGAAUUAACUUUGGGUCUCAGUGUACAAGCAUUCCUACUUGCGUUCCGGCGGUAUGUUAGUCGACGGGGGUUACCAGCCACAAUAACGUCUGACAAUGCUAAGACUUUUAAGUCAGCAAAAAGGGACAUAGAACGAAUUAUUAGAUCUGAAGAAGUACGGCAAUACUUGGUAGAAAGACGAGUCAAGUGGAAUUUUAUCGUUGAGCGUGCUCCAUGGUGGGGAGGAUUCUGGGAACGAUUAGUUGCCAGCGUUAAAAGGCCACUAAAACGUAUUGUUGGGAGAUCUACCUUAACCUACGACGAACUACAAACCAUUUUAGUUGAAAUCGAGGCAUUAAUCAACGCUAGACCUCUUACCUAUGUCUAUGAUGACCAAGAAUGUAACUACGAGCCUUUAACACCCUCUCACCUGAUUUACGGUAGGCGUAUUACGAGUACUCCAAACAGUUCCCAUCACGAAGUUGUUAGUACUAAUCGAUCCUUGACAAGAAGAGCGCGUCGUCAUAAGCAAGUGUUGGAUCAAUUUACGAAACAGUGGCGACGAGAAUAUCUCACCGGGUUGCGUGAACAGUCGUUAGCGAAGUCGCACAAAGGAAACUCAGGUUCAACGAUUUCCCAAGGAGAGAUCGUCAUCGUCAAAAACGAAACAACGCCGAGAGCAUUUUGGAAACUGGCUCGUGUAGAAAAACUACUUCCAGGAAGGGAUGGAAACGUUCGAGCAGCAGAAAUUAAGUUAGGGAGUAAAUUCGUUACAAGAAGACCAAUUGAACAACUCGUACCCAUUGAAGUGAAAUCUACGUUAGCAGAUUUAGAAACCGGUCAGGAAGUAGAAAAGGAAUGUAUUCAAGAUGAUGAUAAUUUAGUUGUACGAAGUCGAAGAACCGCUGCUGUUCUGGGUGAAAGAAGACGACGAGAAGAGAACAUCUUGUAA